AUGCGUUUUUUCGGAUUGUGGCUGUCAAUAGUUGCUUCAUUCACAGUAUUGGCUUCAGCACUGAGCGAUGAACCUCGUCGCAUUGUUGCCAUCGGUGAUCUGCACGGCGACUACAUCAAUGCCGUCAAGUCACUCAACUUUGCCAAUAUCACUGAUCUGGACGGACACUGGAUCGGUGGCGAUGCUAUACUUGUACAGACGGGCGAUAUCGUGGAUCGUGGCAUGGACACAAUUGAGUUGUACCGAAUGAUGCAAGAACUCGAGAUUGAAGCCAAAGCACAGGGUGGCCAGGUGAUUGUCUUGCUAGGCAAUCAUGAAAUUAUGAACCUGAUUGGUGACUGGCGAUAUGUUCUGAGACCAGAGAUCCGCAAGUUUGGCAGUAAACAAGAUCGCAUUAACGCAUUCAAGCCCGACGGGUCGAUUGGAAGUUAUUUGGUUGGCUUGAAUACAACCGCCAAAGUCGGAUCCACCGUAUUUGUUCACGGUGGUCUUCAUCCAAAAUACGCAAAACAUGGUAUCGACUGGAUCAAUGCCGAAACUCAUGCGGCCAUGCCUGAAUUUAUUGAAACCAACGGUCAGUCGGGUGAUCCUCAUGAUAUUUUUGGAGGUGAUGGUCCAACAUGGUAUCGAGCCUACGCAGUUGAAGACGAAGCCAAAGUGUGUCCCUUGUUGGAAGAAGCUUUAAAGAUGCUGGAGGCGGAUCGUAUGGUGGUUGGUCACAGCGUGCAACGAGACGGCCGUAUCCGUACCCGUUGCAAUGGCAAGAUUGUGUUGAUCGAUAUCGGUAUUGGUUUCAUCUACGGUGGCAAUCUUGGAUCCUUGGAGAUUGUAGGCGACAAAUUAUCGGCCAUCUACCGCAAAGGUCCUGAACUCCUCUUUGCACCACAAACCCCAGACUUGGAAGCCGAGUUGGCACACGAGGAACUCUAG